CUCUCUCUCUCUCUCUCUCUCUCUCUCUCUCUCGCUCUCAUUAUUGAUCAGAAUUUGAUCCUCUGCUUUAUGUUUUUGGGUAAUGGCGACUGUUGAAUCCGUCAAAGACCUUCGUACUCCAGCACUGAUCAUUGACCUGGAUAAAGCGAGAAGAAACGCUGAAGGCAUGCUGGAGCGCUUCCACAAUCUAGGGGUCCAGCUCCGACCUCACAUGAAAACACACAAAACACUGGAAUGUGCGGACAUCAUGACAGGAGGCUCUCGUCGUUGUAUCGUUGUGUCUACUCUAGCGGAAGCGUCAUUCUAUGCUGAUAACGGCUAUGAUGAUAUACUGUAUGCAUACCCUCUGCCAUUUGAUAAAGUGGAGAGCUGUGCUGAGCUGUCCGAGAGACUUUCUCUAUUCCACGUCGUGGUGGACAACCGCCUCGCCCUACAGGAACUGAAGAAGAGACCUCUGAAGCAGGGAAAAGUCUGGAAGGUGUGGAUGAAGCUGGAUUGUGACAAUGGGAGAGUUGGCGUUCCUCAUUGUGACCCUGCUGCACUACAGCUUGCCCUGGAGAUCUGGGAUACUUCAGGGGUGGAGCUGACGGGAAUUUACGCCCACUGCGGGAACACCUACGCCUGUCAGGGGGAGGAGCAAAUCAAAGCCGUUGCUCGGGAAACCACUAUGAUUACACUGCAGUUCAUGGAGAAGUUGAAGGCUGCUGGAAUACAUGGUACCAAAUCCAGCAUUGGCUCCACCCCUUCCUGUAGCCACCCAGUCCCCGACAUGGCCAUGUUGAGUGAGGUGCAUCCUGGGAACUACAUAUUUUACGACGUGCAGCAGUCCCUCAUUGGGUCCUGUAGACUUGAGGAUGUUGCAGUACGGGUGCUGACGCGGGUCAUAGGUCACUACCCACACAGGAACCAGUUACUUGUAGACUGUGGGUGGGCAGCACUGACUCAUGAUGGUGGGGGGCGCUUACCUACAGGAUACGCCAUCAUUGAAGGGCAUCCAGAACUCAAACUGCUGUCUAUGACUCAGGAACACGGCAGGGUGGAGCCCAUCUCUGGAAAACUGGACUUCAAGCAGUUCCCACUGGGGUCACUCCUCACACUCAUGCCUUACCAUGCUUGUGCUACAGCUAUGAUGCAUCCGGUCUAUUUUGUCCAUUCUAAAGGGAAGAUUAUAGACACUUGGAAACCCACUCGUGGCUGGUAGCAAUCUCUAUCUGACGGACUCUUGUACAGCUGGGGGACUGUGGUUGGAAAUGUUUUAGACUCGAAACAACUGUGAGUUUGCUGUAAGGCAGGUGUCUAUUAGAAACCCACCUUAAAAGAUUCUUUAUCCGGAUUCAAGUGCAUUAUGGGUUGGUUCUUUUCUUGAGGAGCACUCGUUAUGUAGCCUAGUAUUCCAGUGAAACAGCCUUUGUGUAAAAGCUCACAUUGGGCUACAGUCUUCCUUUAAAAAAAUAUUUUUCCCUGAUUCUUUCAGCAAUUAAGAACACUUAAUAUUCUCUUCAGACUAAUGAAGGACUAUGGAAAGACUGUGAUUUCUUACUUGUAUCUGACUGAACUUGCAUGCAGUGUGUUUUAUGUGCUUAAAAAGAGUUUUGGAAAGAUCUGAAAUGGCUGAAUUUCUGCUUUUACAAAAAAGCUAACAACAUGUACCUCAGUUUGUAAUAAAAUCAUUUA